CCAUAUGAGUAACCCACACGCUGAAGUCUUUGUUCACUCGCUGCUGCAGCUGCAUGAUGGAGGUUCUGGUUCUGCUGGUCCUGCUGCUGGUCUCUGUGGAGCACUCUGAAUGUGUGCGGUGUUUUGCACGUUUCGACCUGAACCUGGGUCAGUGUGAUGAAGAGCUCGGUGAGAUGGACGACGACGACUGCUGUCAGAACCCUCAGUACGGUUACCAAGGACCAGACGGAGUGUGUCGGGGCUGUGGUCCUCCAGCGUGGUCUCCGUGGUCGCCAUGGUCACAGUGUAACGUCCUGUGUGGGGACGGAGUGACUCAGAGACGCAGGACAUGUUUUGGCAUCGGUGACUGUGAAAACUCAGCAGAAAAACUGGAGACCAAACCAUGCAACAGCAGCUGCUGCGAAAGUAAAGGUUGGGGCCCGUGGCUCCCCUGGGAGCCCUGCUCGGUGUCCUGUGGAGAAGGAGGAGAAAGGAAGAGAGAGAGAGUCUGCUCCAGUCCUCCUGAGUGUCUCUCGGCCUGCACCGGUCCAUCAGAGGAGACGGAGAAGUGUCCGACACAGACCACCUGUCCAGUUCACGGUGGCUGGUCCGCUUGGUCCAGUUGGGCUGCAUGUUCUGCUGUGUGCAUCAGUACCAAGGGCGGUGAUGACGUCAUCCCCUUAAGAUUGCGAAGUCGUCUAUGCUCUAGCCCCACCCCUUCCAGUGACACGGUGCCACCUGGCAAUGGUUGCCCUGGAGACGAAUUCCAGACCCAGGACUGCAGCGAUCUCCCCAACUGUCCAGUGGACGGGAGCUGGGGGGCGUGGUCUCAGCCCGGGCCGUGCUCUGUCUCCUGUGGGGAGGGGCUGCAGCUGGCGACCAGAAUAUGUGAUAGCCCCGCCCCUAAAUAUGGAGGUCGACGCUGUGACGGACCGAGCACUCAGAGCAGCGUCUGUCAGAGUCCUUGUCCUGUGGACGGUUUCUGGACUGGUUGGUCCAGUUGGGGAGAGUGUUCUGCUUCCUGUAUCCCAGAAGGCCGAGCUCCCGUCAGGUCUCGCCAACGCUCCUGCUCUAACCCCGCCCCUUCAUCCAGCCCGCCCGGCGCCGGCUGCCAGGGUGGCGCCAGCGAGACAAACAUCUGCAACCACCUGCCUCACUGCCCAGUGGACGGAGGUUGGGGGUCUUGGUCUCCGUUGUCAUCCUGUCCCGUUACCUGUGGGGCGGGGCUUCAGGUGUCACUCAGGAGAUGUGACAGCCCCUCCCCCAAACAUGGCGGCCAGCCAUGUCCUGGAGAGGGACGUCAAACCAGCAUCUGUCAGACCAACCAGCACUGUCCAGUGGACGGGACGUGGUCACAGUGGUCUCCAUGGAAUCCAUGCAGAUACCCGUUUGGUGGGAGGUCUAUCAAAUGCCUACAGAUCGGCGGCAGACAGACUCGAGAGCGCCAGUGUCUCCAUCGCGCUCACAACGGAUCCAUCUGCAGCGGGGACGCUCUGACUGAGACACGGGUCUGCUACGAUGUUGACAGCUGUCGCCCGAAGGGUACCUGGGGGGGCUGGGAGCCGUGGAAUUUGUGUCGCCCGGCCUGCGGUGGAUCUCCCAAACGCUUCCGGAAGAGACUCUGUACACCUGAUUUCAGCAACUACAGUCCUACAAUUGGUCGUCUGAAGGAGCCAGCAACGUUCUUCGGGGAUCCAAAGGCCGACUGUGGAACGCCGCCCGACGGCGGGCCGAAGGUCGAAGUUCAGAACUGUGUCAACGUUCCCGCCUGCACCUAAAAAACAGCGCACCGAGUUUAUUAACCCCAACAUGUCCUGCUCACCUGUGCAGGAAUGUAACUAAUUACAUUUACUCCAGUACUGUACUCCAGUCCAAAUGUUAGAGCAUGUUAUAUUUGUGAAAACCUGUGCAGUAUUGAGUGAAGUGUGUUCAGAAGGCAGACAAUUUAAAAGCAGGAACAAACAUUCAGUUGAGUUGAUUUGGUACGACUGACAACUUUACAAUCUUCAUGCGAUAAAAUGUAAUGCUUUCUAAUGCUAUUUUUAUUGUGAAAAUGUUUUUGUUAUAUAUACAAACAAUGUUGUGAAACCUUCUGAGACAACCCUGUGAGUCUGGCUUUUUAUAAACAAAAAGAGACUUCUGCAACA